AUGCUUCAAACCGCACGAGUUAGUACGCAUUUUCGAGGUACUAACUGUGUUGCUACCCUCCUAUUUGACAAUGGCAGUGAUAGAAGCUUUGUCACAAACUCUUUCGCACGUAAACUAGGUGUAAUCCCAAAUUAUAACGAAUUAUUGAGUCUGAAUUCGUUCUCCAAUCCGCGUUCCGGUGUGCAGUCCAUACCGAGAACCACGCUGUCACUACAAAGCAAAGAUGGCAUUAAAUCCCCGAUCGAUGUACUGAUGGUCGACUGUAUUUCCGAGGGAUUGGAGAACACUGUAACUUACGAUAUUGCACGUUUGCCACAUUUGAGAGGUCUAUCGUUGGCCUAUCCGCCGUCAAAUCGAUCCACAUUAAACAUCGAUAUUUUGAUAGGCGCCGAUCACUAUUGGGAUUUUGUUACACACAACUCACGCAUAGUUAGGGGCAAACCAAACGCUAUACCGACUGUCUUUGGGUACCUAUUGUCAGGGCCUUUCACUACACACAACAGGACAAACAAAACAAAUUCAUUCACCAUUGCUUCUAUCCGAGCACAUGACAGUGUAAUGGAUAAAAUGAUUGCUAGUUACUGGGACCUGGAGUCAGUGGGUGUUAAAGAUACGAUUACAAGACAGCAGGCACUCAACAUUACACAUGAACAACAAUACAAAGAAUAUACCGACAAAUGUUUAACGGUGGAAAAUAAUCAGUUUGUCGCAAAAUUGCCGUGGAAAGUAAAUCACCCAAUUUUACCCACAAAUUUCAAAUCAGCAGAAGUGCGAACACGCAGUAUGAUUCGAAAAUUAGAACCAGAUUCACUGAAAAUAUAUGAUAGAAUUCUUUCUGAACAGCUCAAAAGCGACUUUAUUGAAUUGGUUCCCAAUGACGAUACAACCAUUGGUCAUUAUUUGCCUCAUCGGUCCGUCAAAAAGGACUCUGAAUCAACACCGAUUCGCCUUGUAUAUGACGCUUCUGCGACCACUAAUAAAAACCAUCCUAGUUUGAAUCAAUGUUUGGAGACGGGUCCCCCUUUGCUCAAUUCACUGACUGAGAUUCUGAUAAGAUUCAGGGCUAAUUCAAUCGCGCUGGUUGCAGAUAUUGAAAAAGCCUUUCUGAUGAUACGUCUGUCUGAAAGUGACAGAAAGUUCACAAAGUUUCUUUGGCUCAGCAAUCCAUCCGAUAUUGAAAGUAGCUUUGUGGCUUAUCAAUUUAAGUCAGUAUUAUUUGGGGCCACAUGUAGCCCAUAUAUUUUGAAUGUGGCCAUUCGAGCACUUACAAAUGAAUACAAAGAUAAUCCAAUUGCACUUCAGCUGCAAAGGGAUAUUUACGUCGAUGACGUAAUAUCAGGUUGUGAUAAUGAAGCACAGGCUUAUUCCUUCUAUGAAACGUCCACUUCGAUUCUAGCAACACGAAGUUUUAACCUCCGUCAGUGGAAUACUAAUAACAAAUAUAUCCACGACAUAAUGACAGAGGAAAACAAAGCAAAUGACAAAACUAGUGUGAGCGUUCUAGGAUUGAGGUGGAAUACUAUUUCGGACCAACUCUCAAUCAAAACCCCCGAUAAGCCAAAAUUUGGUCCUCAAACUUCAAAGAGAGAUGUCGUUGCUUAUAGCGCGACAGUUUACGAUCCCAUUGGUAUGUUUGCUCCUAUCGUCGUGAAAGCUAAGCUCAUUAUCCAAUCACUUUGGUUAAAAGAUCACCAUUGGGAUCAACCCAUUGAUUCUGACACACUUGAUAAGUGGAAUGAUGUAGCUAUAGAUUUAUACAAUAUUAAAAACAUUGUAAUUCCGCGGUGUUAUUUUUCAAAACCUACUCAGAAAGUAGAAAUUCAUGCAUUUGCGGAUGCAAGUUCUGUAGCUUAUGGGGCCGCUAUCUAUCUUUUAAGUGAACAUAACGAGACUUGUUUAGUUAUGGCUAAAUCUAGAGUAGCACCAAUAAAUAGUCAACUUCUGACCUUGCCUAGACUUGAGUUGAUGGGAACGCUCAUCGCUACGAGAUUGUCGAAAUACGUGUCAGAAGCUCUCGAAACCAAAUUCUGCGUUACCGCGCACACACUCUGGUCGGAUAACCAGGCAGUUUUGCAUUGGUUACAUGGCAACGGAAAACAAGACAUAUUCACCAAAAACAGAGUUUCGGAAAUUUUGGAAUUUUCACAAAGUUUGAGAUAUGUCAACACCGCUGAUAAUCCCGCAGAUUUAGUCACGAGGGGGGUCCAACCCGAAACAUUAUCGAAUUCGGAUUUUUGGUGGUCAGGUCCAAGUUGGUUGUCAAAUCGUGAUAAAUGGCCUGGAAAAAUCGAAUUUGGUAAAAUCAUCGUGAAUAAUGACUCAGAGUCAGAAGUGAGAAAAUCCAAAAUUGAAAAUAAUAUUUCGACCCCAAAAGUGUCCGAGAAAUGUGCCCAGUGUCCGACCACUGGUACGAGUGACAUCGUUAGCGAUCGACCGCUACUUUGUACGCCCCCAAGUCAAUCCAGAGGACAUGUCAAUUCGGAGAACGAAAUUAGUCCUCAUUUCCAUAAAUCAGCAGAAGAUUUCAUAAAAACUGCUGAAACAGUGUCAGGAGAUAUCAUCAAUACAAACCGCGAACCUCCUGAGCUACAAAACUCCAAAAUUAAUGAUCAGAUCGUUUCGUUACAUGUCGCCUCUGAAUCUGACAAUUUACUCGGCCACCAUUUUGAACUUCACAAUGAGCCAAACAUCGCACCGAAGGAGAUUAUUCACGCAACUGAAUCAAACUCAGAACCUAGUCUUGAAAAGAUUAUCGAUAUUCGCCGUUUCAACGAUCUACAUC